AUGAGUGGUAACAACAAUGGCAGCAACAACAAUGGCAACAACGCCAAUGGCAACCAAAACCUGCUGCCCAACCCGUCUAGCAGGGGCCCUCGAAACCUGCACAUUGCCCACAGACGAUCGCCCUCUGAGCUGACCCCCUUGAUGGUCGAACAAAUCGCAUUACAACAACAAAUCGAUAUCUUGCAGGCCCAGCAGCAGCAAAUUCUGGCCCAGCAGCAGCAGUUCAUCCACCAGCCCAACCUGAUGCCCCCUCCGCCAAUGCAGCAGUCUUACGUCACUGCCACAGGUCCCUUUGGCCAAUUUGGCGUCCAGCCAGUCCACCAGAUGGGCCCUCCUCAGAGCGGAGGCCACCGACGGGCCCAAUCUUCUUCCCACCCCAACCAGCAUCAGCAGCAGCCGCAGCAGCAUUUCCAGGGUGGCCACCAAUCCACCCCCUCCCAGAGCGGCGGAGGAGACAGAGGCCACAACCGACGACAGUCCCUCGGUCUGCCUGAGGCUAUCCGAGCAGCUGCUAUUGAGCAGCAGAAGCGGCAGGGAGGAGCAGGGGCCGUGCCGGCCUCGCCGCAGCGAAACCACUCAUCUGGUUCCAAUUCAUCCAACCCUGGAUCUUUCAAGUUCCCCCCCACUGCCGACGACUCCUCGCCCACCAAGUCGCAUUCGCGAUCUCGAUCAAUGGCCUUUGGCCAGCAGAAGCGAAAUCAGUCGCCAUCUCGAUUCCAGUUCCCCGCCGGUGGACAUGGAUCGUCACCUUCCACCGGAGGCAACUUCCACCCUGGCCACGGACACUCGCGAUCCAACUCUCGAAACUUCGACCAGGGAGGAUUUGUUCCCGGCCACCGACACAGAGGCUCCUCUGUGUCCUCCAUGCAUGCCUUCAACAGCUACGGCGGCGGCCAGCAGCAGCGAAAGUCGCUGUUUGCUCCAUACCUCCCCCAGGCGUCUCUUGGUCAGCUCAUGGACCAGGGCCGUCUGGUGAGCGGUGUGUUGCGGGUUAAUAAGAAGAACCGAUCCGACGCGUACGUGUCCACCGACGGAAUUUUGGACGCCGACAUUUUUAUCUGUGGCUCCAAGGACCGAAACAGAGCACUCGAGGGAGACUUGGUUGCUGUCGAGCUGCUCAACGUCGACCAAGUUUGGGACUCCAAACGCGAGAAGGAGGAGAAGAAGAAGCGAAAGGACCAGACAACCGGCGAUAUUUCAGACACCGUUGAGACUACUUCCGGCGGAGCCAACAACUCGGGAGGCCUCCAGCGACGAGGAUCUCUCAAGCAGAGACCUCAGCAGAAGCGAAAUGACGACGUUGAGGUCGAGGGCCAGUCCCUGCUGUUGUCCGAGGAGGAGGAGCUUACCGACGCUGCCAAGCCUCUCUACGCCGGCCACAUUGUCGCUGUCAUUGAGCGAGUACCUGGCCAGCUGUUCUCUGGUACACUUGGUCUGUUGCGACCUUCGUCCCAGGCCACAAAGGACCGUCAGGAACGAGAGGGAGGACACAACAACAACAACAACAACCAGCAUCAAGAGCCUCCCCGACCCAAGAUUGUGUGGUUCAAGCCUACCGACAAGCGGGUGCCUCUAAUUGCCAUCCCCACUGAGCAGGCCCCCAAGGACUUUGUUGAGAACCAUGAGUCUUACGCAAACACCCUGUUUGCCGCCUCCAUCAAGCGAUGGCCCAUCACCUCUCUGCAUCCCUUUGGUACCCUCGUUGAGGAGAUUGGCGAUGCGAACGAUGAUGAGAUCCAGAUCGAGGCCAUUCUGCGAGACAACAACUUCACCGCCGAUGUAUUCCCCGACUCGGCACUCCGAGCAGUUCCCGAAGAGACUGCCACAGGCACACCUCUCACCGAUGAGGAGACUGAAGGCCGACGGGACUUCACUGAAGAGUACACUCUGGGUCUGUCGCCCAACGGUAUUCUAGCCGAUCAGGCCUUCCAUAUCAAGAAGCUUGGCGAUGACAAGAUUGAACUGGGUGUGCACGUGUUGGACGUGACUCACUACGUGCAGUCCAACAGCGCUCUCGACCGAGAGGCCAAGAAGCGAGGCUCGUCUUGUUUCUUGGUGCAGCGGGAUCUGAACAUGUUCCCCGACAACUUCAACUCCAAUUUUGCGCUGACCCCAGGUAACAACCGGCUGACCAUCUCCGUGGUGUUUGAGAUCGAUGCCACCACCUUCGAUGUGUCGGACACCUGGAUCGGCACCUCAUACAUCAAUACCAAGCAGAAGCUUGACUACGCCACCGUGGAGCGAAUUUUCGACGACAAGGGCGGCGACGACAAGGCUCAGAUCCAGGCCAUUCUCGCCGAGGGUCUGCUGAGCCAGACCGACAUUGACUAUGUCAAGACCCUGCGUCUGCUGUCGAUGGAGUUCAAGCGGGACCGAUUCAACUGCAAGAACCUCAACCUUGGCGGCAAGGACCUUCCUGCGCUUUCUCUGCUUAACCAGAUCGACGACGAGAACCUGCCCAUCUCUACCGACAUCUACCAGGCUCUUCAGAUCUCCCACAUUGUGGACGAGGUUAACAUCAAGGUCAACUGUGCCGUGGCCCAGAAGCUGUAUGCUUCUCUGGGUCCCAAGGCCUUCCUGCGACGACACUCAUACCCUCUGUUGCAGAAGAUGGAGUCUUUCACCCAGAAGAUGAAGAAUCUCGGGGUGCACAUUGACACGUCCUCCUCUGGUGCUCUGCAGAAGUGUCUGUUCCAGAUCGAGUCUGAUGACAUCCGACGUGGACUUGAGACCCUAUUGCUCAAGUGCAUGAACCGGGCCAAGUACUACGUUGCUGACAAGUCCGACGAGUUGGCACAUUACUUCCUCAACGUGCCUGUCUACACGCAUUUUAACGCUCCUCUGCGACGGUACGCUGACCUGAUUGUGCAUCGACAGUUGAAGGCAGUGCUGUCCAACUUCUCCGUUCCCUACGACGAGUCGCUGGAGUUGCUCAACAACGCUGCAGACUACUGCAACUUCAAGAAGGACUCUGCACACAAUGCCCAGGAGCAGAGUGUGCAUCUCUUCCUGUCGCAGGCCAUUGCUGCCUUGUCGCAGAAGAAGCAGGCCCGAAACGGUGACAUCAUUAAGGAAGGUUUGGUGAUCCAGGUGUACGAGUCUGCGUUCGACGUGUACAUUCCGGACAUUGGAAUCGAAAAGCGAGUCCACGGCGACCAGCUGCCUCUCAAGAAGGCCGAGUUCAUCAAGAAGGACCGGCUUCUGGAGCUGUACUGGGAACAGGGCAAGUCUUCUGCUGAGUUUGUUCCUGAGAACGAGCGAAAGAGCAAGGGACGAGGAGGCGACAAGGACACCGGCAACGCCAGCAACAACAAGGAGUCUCUGGCUGACCAGGUCAAGGGCCUGUCUCUAGACUCCAAGAGCCUGCCUUCUUCUCCCAAGCAGUCUCUGACCGGCGGUCUUCUUGCCCCCCACCGGGCCAUUUCCAUGAACAAGUUGGAAAACGAGUACUGUGCUCGAUCCGACGGAGAUGGCUCUAACAGCGACGACGAGUUGCUGCGGGAUGUGGUGACCCGAGAGGAGAAUGGCUACUUCAUCCAGGAGAUUCGCGAACUGCAGCGAGUGCCCAUCAUGUUGCGGGCUGAGCUCGGCAAGACUCUCCCCUGUCUUACUGUUCGAACCAUCAAUCCUUUUGCCUGA